GUUGGAAAUAUGACUUCAACAGCCAUAGCAAAGUAUUCGUAUGAACCUCAACGAGAGGAUGAACUGCGAUUGUGCAAAGGCGAUGUGGUGACGGUGCUAGAGAAAAGUUCCGACGGAUGGUGGAAAGGCCAGUGUCACGGCGAAACUGGCUGGUUUCCGUCCAAUUACAUCGAUGAAUCUCCGCCGAAUACGUUCUCUCCGGCAAAAAUGCUUGCUGGAGGUGAUAUUGGCAAUGGAAUACAGAAGCCGAAAAAUAUUUCGAUGAUAUCCUCACCGAAGCAAACGAUCCUUGAAGUUGUAAUAGCGUUGUAUUCAUUUGAUGCACAGACAGCUGGCGAGUUAUCUUUUCGCAAAGGUGAACGUUUAGAAAUUAUCGAUCAUCCGGCGCAUGAUCCAGAAUGGUGGAAAGCCAGAAACUCGAAGGGAUGCACCGGCCUUGUCCCUACCAAUUAUAUUGAGGUUCUUGAAAGAAAUCCGUCCGCAAACAAAGACAACUUUAUCAGUUCUGCUGUCGUACAAGACAAACGUGCCCUCAUAGCAACUGCCUCAUCCAACGGAUCCUUCCCUUCAGCUCCCUUGAAGACAAGGUAUUACGGUGUUAUUCAUGCUUAG